AUGUCUUUGACUGCGUUUAACCAGCUAGAAAUCCUUCCUCCGGACGCACUGUUCGAUGUCAAGAAGCGGCUAACCCAAGACACGCGGUCGUUUAAAGUUGACCUCGGGCUCGGGGCAUACCGGGACGAAAACGGGAAGCCGUGGGUGCUACCGUGUGUGCGCGAAGCGGAGAAACAGUUGAUGGCGGACCCCGGAUACAACCACGAGUACCUGGGGAUUGCCGGGCUGGAGGAGUUCCGCGCGGCCGCGGCGCGUGUGCUACUCGGCGAAGACAGCGAGGCGCUGGCCGAGGGCCGGGUGGUGUCGGUGCAGUCGAUUUCCGGCACCGGGGCGCUGCACGUGGCGGCGAAGCUACUUGCGAAGACGGUGCCAGAUGCGACGGUGUACAUGUCGGACCCCACGUGGGGCAACCACUUUGCCGUGUUCGAGACACAGGGUCUGCGCACGGCGACGUACCCAUACUGGGAUGCGGCGACCCGCUCACUGGACAUGGAGGGCGUUCUGGGCGCGCUGGGCGCGGCGCCGCGCGGGUCGGUCUUCGUGCUGCACGCUUGUGCGCACAAUCCAACGGGGCUUGACCCCAACGAGGAGCAAUGGGUGCAGAUCCUGGACGCGGUAGCCGCGCGCGAGCACACCGUGCUGUUCGAUAGCGCCUACCAGGGGUUUGCGUCGGGCAGCCUGGCUCGCGACGCGUACGCGCUGCGCGCCGGGCUGCGGCGCCUGGCCGAGGUCACGCCGGUGCUUGUGUGUCAGUCCUUUGCCAAGAACAUUGGCAUGUACGGUGAGCGUGUGGGCGCUCUGCAUGUUGUCCUGCCCCGCCAGCCUGCCGAGUCGCUGGCGCACGUCAAGGCUGCCGUGCUGUCGCAGCUGAGCCACAUCACGCGCUCGGAGCUGUCGAACCCGCCCGCCUACGGCGCCAAGAUCGUGACCAAGGUCCUCACCACCCCCGAACUCGCCGCUCAGUGGAAGAAGGACAUGAUCACCAUGUCGAGCCGCAUUGCGCGCAUGCGCCGCGUGCUCCGCGACCGUCUGGUCGAGCUCGGUACACCUGGCAACUGGGACCACAUCGUCCAACAGUGCGGCAUGUUCUCAUACACCGGUUUGACGAAGGAGAUGGUCGCCCGCAUGGAAAAGGACUUCGCCAUCUACAUGGUCUCCUCGGGCCGCAUUUCGAUAGCCGGCCUUAACGACAGCAAUGUCGGCCACGUUGCCAACGCAAUUGACAAUGCUGUUCGCCACUUCUCUACACCCAAGCUGUGA